UAAAGAGGGGCAGAAUAAAGAGCAAGACAGAAAAAAUCAACCCUUUAAAGCCCUAAAUUGGAAGUACAAAUUUGAUUCUACAUUUGUACGUUAAUUUGUAACUGCUCCAAAGCCCUUAAAUUUCAGAGUAGCUUCCACUGCCCAUUAAUGGCGGUUGCAGAACCCUCGCCAUCUAUGGAAAUUUUAGUGAGAGAUCCGGAUGGUUUUGUUAUUUGGCAUGGACUUCCAUUCACCAAUGGGCAGCCACGAAUCAAGCUCGACAAAAUCCAGUGUACCAGCGCGAAAUUCAGCGAGGAUGGAUCAAAACUCAUGGUUAUGAAAUCGGACUCUUUGGUUAGCAUAUAUGAGUGCAAAAGCUUGAGAGAGAUUAGGUCCCUUCAAGUUCCCAAUGUUCUUGCGGCUACUAUUUCCCCACGUGGGAGUUAUCUUCAAUCCUUUCAGAAACCUACGUCCCCGCAGGAGAAGAAUGUGGUUCUAUGGAAGAUAGAUACUGGAGAUUCUGCUUAUCAGCUUUCUCAGAAGAAUAUGACUAAAGCAACAUGGCCAGUGAUAAGGUUCAGCUCUGAUGAAGCUGUGGCAUGUCGUCUUGCAACCAAUGAAAUACAAUUUUUUGACCCUGUACAUUUCUCUAGAGGGAUUGUUAAUCGGCUUAGAGUUCCUAGCAUAGCUGCAUUUGAGCUUUCCAGAAAUGUUGGGUCUUAUGUGGCAUCAUUUGUUCCAGAAUCCAAGGGAAUGCCCGCCAAUGUUCAAAUAUUUGCCCGUGGAAAGGAGUUGCAGAGUCAGCCUGUUGCUAGACGCAGUUUCUUUCGCUGCUCAUCAGUACAACUGAACUGGAACUGUGAUUCCACAGGGCUUCUUGUUGUUGUGCAGUCAGAUGUUGAUAAAACCAAUCAAAGUUACUACGGGGAGACAAAAUUGAACUAUUUGACUACGGAUGGAACUCAUGAAGGACUCGUGCCACUUCGUAAAGAAGGCCCUGUACAUGAUGUUCAAUGGUCAUAUGCAGGCAAAGAAUUUGCAGUGGUUUAUGGAUUUAUGCCUGCAAUGGUGACAAUAUUUGACAAGAAGUGCAAUCCUCUACUUGAGCUUGGAACGGGCCCUUACAAUACUAUCAGAUGGAAUCCGAAAGGGAAGUUUAUAUGUGUGGCAGGCUUUGGGAACUUACCUGGUGACAUGGCAUUUUGGGACUAUAUGGAAAAGCAGAAGCUCGGUACUACGAAGGCUGAAUUAUCAGUGACAAGUGAAUGGUCCCCAGAUGGACGGUAUUUUAUGACUGCCACAACAGCUCCGAGGCUUCAGGUUGACAAUGGGACCCCAAGGGCAAAAUGGACAGAUCAAGAAAAUGGGCAUAAAUGGAUAUUCGAGCAAAUUCACGUGGGGAAGUUUGGCACCAAUUCACAAUAAAUAGGGGGUAGAGAGUUCAAUUCAAGAUUGAAAAUUUGGAGAAUUGUUGGGAGGGUCUAGGCCUCUCGAAUGCUUUGGUGCGUGUAAUUCAUUUCAUUUUCUUGUAGCUCUAUUCUUUUUUCUUCAAUUCAGUGCUCAUAUAUAAAUAACCCAAAAAUUCAGUUUAUGUUCAAUUGUCGAGUUUAUUACUGCCAAAAUUAGAGGGUUCUAUCAUUGUAAUUUAGUAUGUGCUGUAAAAUUAUCGGGUGUUGCUGCUUAAAAUGAAAAAUGGCUGUUUCAUUGCAUCAGCACAAUUCAUUUCUUGUUGAUGGGAACUAUCAGCCUCCAUUUAGAAUAGAAGUUGUGUAAUUAUGUCUCUAAGAUGAGGUAUGAGUUGGCUUGCUUUGAAAUUAGUUGUAAACAUGUAAUUGAUGGUUAUAAUUUCACUAUCCCACUGGUACUAAAAUACCUCAGAUAAACAAUGAGGUGACGAAACAAAUGCAGCUUUUGGUCCAUAAGAUUAUUCUAGUAAAAAAAUAUUCUAAAUUCCAAAUCCAAUUUCCGCAUAACUUUUGACCUUUAAGUCCAUCAGCAACGAGUUAAUACAAUGGAUGGGGAGGUAAAUGUGUUCUCGCAGCUUUGUGCAGAAAUAAUUGUACAUUUCAGCUGGUUAUUAUUUUAUUUUUCACUUUUUUUG